ACUGCAUCCGUGGCCUCAGCCGUCCUCGCCUCUCUGCCUGGCUCCUCCUCCGACGUUGGCCUCCUCGCCCUCUGAGCUCGCGGCUCCCAGUUCUCCUCGCCGGGUCCCCGCCAUCGUAUCCAGCUGUGGCCCUCAAAGGGCGCGCUCGCUGGCGCUCACCUGACAGGUCCCCGGCCUCAGGACGACAGCCAGCUACAACACGUUCCCUACAUGAGGGACAAAGCCACGCAGACCCCCAGGGCCUGGGCAGAUGAGAGGAGGAGAGGCUCUCACAAACGCUCGGCCUCCUGCGGGAGCACCGACCAACUCAAGGAGAUUGCAAAACUGCGGCAGCAGCUCCAGCGCAGCAAACGCAGCAGCCGCCAUCGGAGGGACAAAGAGCGCAAGUCUCCGUUCAAUGGCAGCCACACCAUCAUUCAGUCACAGACGCAAAUACCCAAAACCAUUUUGAUACCCAUCCCCAUAUCCAAGUCCUCGGCUCCUCGUUUCCGUAACAGCGUGGAGGGCCUGAACCAAGAGAUUGAGCGCAUCAUCAUCCGAGACUCGCCCGAGAAGGAGGAGACCAUCGUGCCACAGGAUGUCCCCGAUGGGCAUCGUGCGCCCCCUCCCCUGCCCCCACAGCGCAGCAGCAGCACCCGCAGCAUCGACACGCAGACUCCGUCGGGGGGCGGCCUGAGCGGUAACCAUAGCAACUGCAGCAGCCGUCCCGACUCCAUUUCGCCCUCCUACCUCACCGUCCUGAACGACGCGGCCGGCAACAGCCCCUACGACGAGAAGGCGCUGAGCCCUUGCUCCCCACUGCCCAAGUACGCCGCCUCUCCGAGGCCCAACAACAGCUACAUGUUCAAGAGGGAGCCUCCAGAGGGCUGCGAGAAGGUCAAGGUGUCCGAUGAGUCCAUGUCUAAAGCUCUGCAGGAGAUCCCCCCCUUCCUGUGUCCCGACCGCAACAAGGUCAACUUCAUCCCCAACAGCGGCUCUGCCUUCUGCCUCGUCAGCAUCCUCAAGCCCUUGCUGCCCGCCCCGGACCUCAGCUUUCGCUCAGCGGUGGGCCUCCGAAGCCUGUCCCCGUCCCUCGUGCCUCUGUCCACCCAGCCCUGCCUCCUGGAGGAGCCCGAGAGCUUCUGACGGCCCCGUUGGCCUUAAAGUCGACGCCCCUCCCUCCCACUUCCCACAAGAAACCCUUCAGUGAAAUCAGAAAACAUUUGAGGAGAAGGAACCCUUCUGCUCCCCAAAACGGCUAAAAGAAUGCCUUCAGCAUGCAGCUACGCUCUCUCUGAUGUCCUUUCUUACAAAAAAUAAAUUAAAAAGUAAAAGCGCUUCCCACUGCCUCCUCCUCCGACAUGAGACUCCCGCAGUUCAUCGCUUUCUUCUACCCUCACUGGUUUUGUUCCCGUUCUCCUGGGAGGAAAAGGGGCGAAAAGACUUUUUGACUUCAUCGUAUUAAACCAUGGCGCCUUUUCCACGGACAUCUCUUUUUCUAUCUGUAGUUCUUUCUCUUGAUAUAAAUUAUGCCUUCCAUUACAAGGGGACAUUAAAAAAAAAAAAAAAAAAAGGUCGCUGGUUUUCUUGGCGACCAAGAGGUCGACCACGGAGGCUAAUUCUUGGUGCUGCCAGAUGUACCGUAGCAUAAUUCGAAGGGUUGUGAAAAGUUCAACAUGUGCCUGACGUUUUAGACCGCUCCUCUCCCCUGGGCCGUCGUAAUGCCGGGGUCACGUUGGGUCUUUGCACUACGACGGCCGCAGAUAAUCACAGAGUCAGCAGAUUGAAAAUACAAGCAGGAUGCAUCUUUAAAAAAAAAAAAACCUUCUUGACCAAAUCUGUUGUGUAUUUUCCUGAGCGUUUCCAAAGCUGCUGCUCGGUGUGCAUCUGUGGGAAACCCAGGCCAGGGCUCUGAUGUUUGCAGUGUGUUCGACCCAUGUCUGCUCACACCCCACCCUUCCCGAGCACCAGCCUUAGCCGACCGCAUCCUUUUGCAAUUCCACCGUCACCCCACAGCCCCUCCUUGUUGAUUUCCUUUCGUCUUGCUCUUUGAAAGUGUCGAUUGGCAGGGUUCUGCUCACGGAGAGGUCCAUUGACCCAAACUUCUAGACCACAGGGUACACGGGGGUCGUGAUAAAUCCUAAAUGUUACUGAGUUCACCACCUGUUGGACUACGUUCACAAUGUAGAUCCAGGGCUUAAUUUGAUCCAGAUCCUGCCGGAACAGGAUCUGACAACUCUU